AUGAAUCCGAAUUACGAGGAGCUGGAGGAAGUAGUCUGCAACGAGAAGUCCUUCUACAAAUUUGUUGUCGGAGACUUCAACGCAAAACUAGGAAAGACCACAGAAGAGGAAUGCAGGAUUGGAAGAUUUGGGGGUUCUGAUCAGCGUCCCCUUCGUGCGAAAAUACGGCUUAGCCACACGAUGGAAAAGAACAUCUGCUAUCGGCAACGAAGGAGAAAAGAAGUCGUCUACGACGAUUGCGUACUCGAGGACUCCUUGUUCCAAGGUGACUGGCACAUCGAGGAGGACCCAAACGUGGACUACGAGAUGCUGCUCAGAGGAUUACGAGCCUGUGCUGAACGUGCCUUGAAGCCGCGCACGACAAACUUGGAACGAAUUUCGAGGACCACUAAGGAAUUGUUGGAAAGAAAAAGGGCUUUGAGGCUUGAUCCGAAUGCAUCGCACAUUGAGCAGUUAGUAGCAAACACUAGCUGCAGAAAAGCAUUGCAGGAGAAUCUUUUGAAGUACAGGCAGAAGAAGAUUCUGGAAGCAGCACAAAGAAGAACGAGUCUAAAGAAGUGCCGCAGGGAUCUUCGCAAAUAUAAUAUUCCGCUAGCAAUCUUGCUGAGCGAAGACGGGACUCGCACGUCUUCUCGUCGUGAGAUGGAAAUCAUUGCGGAGAGGUUCUACUCGAACCCUUUCCUUUCAUCAACUCCUGUGUCAAGCCUGAUCAUCUGGCGCUGGCGAAGCUCCACCACGGAUUCUCCCUUCGCAACAGACUUUCUUCGGGCUGGUGGCCAUCCGCUUCAUGUAAUCUUAGCAGCGCACAUGACAUCCUACCUUCAGAAAGAAAGGAUCCCAGACCAGUGGAGGACCUCGCCAACCGUUCUUAUCCAUAAGAAAGGUGACCGAGAGGACCUUCGGAACUACCGCCCGAUAUGCUUGCUGAGCGUGUUAUACAAAGUAUUCACCAAGAUCAUCCUCACGCUCAUAUCUAGGACGCUGGAUGAAGCCCAGCCUCAAGGACAAGCUGGAUUCCGCCAGGGGUUCAGCUGCUUGGACCACAUCCAGACCGUGUCGAGGGUUAUAGAGGUUUGCCGGGAAUACCGCUUGCCCCUUGUUCUAACCUUCGUCGACUAUGAGAAAGCCUUUGACAGCGUAGAAACGAAUGCAAUACUGUCAGCGCUGGUCGAUCAAGGUGUGGACGCGUCGUAUGUGAGGACAUUAGCCAAUUGCUACGAUCGAUGCACCACGAAGAUACAGCUUUUCCAUCGCCCUCUCACCAUACGCAUUGGAAAGAGGGUACGACAAGGCGAUACUAUAUCGCCAAAGCUGUUUACGGCUGCAUUGCAAUGGAUAAUGAAAUCACUUUCCUGGGAAGAAAGGGGCAUACGUGUUGACGGAAAAUUUCUCUCGAACCUUCGUUUUGCGGACGACAUCGUUCUCUUUUCGAGCAGUACCAAUGAAGCAGAAACGAUGCUCAACGAACUGAACGAAGCAGGGAAGAGAAUAGGACUACGAAUAAACAGAAGGAAGACACAGUUCAUGAAGAACGCCUACUGCGAGGACGGAGGAGUACAACUUGAAGGCUCCCAAAUCGUGGAAACUUCGUCAUACGUAUACCUCGGACGUUCCAUGAACAUGGAAAACGACUUGAAGGAAGAACUGAAUAGAAGAAUGAGAGCAGCAUGGGCAGCAUUCGCAGCCGUCAGGGACCUACGGACCAACUGA